AUGGCUUCUGAUGAUGGACUUGGUCCUCGCAAGAGGCGUAGGGUCGGUCCCUCGGGGACUCAGCCUUAUGUCUUACGGUCUCUCUUCGAUAAUGUGCCUCUGACGACUGAGGGCAGCUCCGACGUUUACAUCACUUGCGUCGAGUAUUGGGAUGAGAACUUGUACAUCGGAACCUCCGCGGCAGAAAUAUUGCAUUUCGUUAGCCUUCCACCAGCUUCCGACGAUUCCAACGAACCUACAUUCAUUUUGGCUUCGAGGUUGCCUAUACCAUUCCAAACUACCCCCUCCGACCCAGAUCAACAAGGUGUCAGACAAAUCCUUAUACUCUCUUCGGUCAACAAAGCCUGUGUUCUCUGCAAUGGAUCGGUUACAUUCUACAUGUUGCCCGAGCUCAGCCCGGCGUUCGGGAACACCAAGGUCCAUCAUUGCAGCUGGAUCGGUGGGCUAGACCUAAACAGAGAUGAAGAUUCAGAGGAUAAUCCCGUGGUUGUGAUUGCGGUACAAGAUCGGAUCAUGCUGGUUCAGAUCGGGGAUGAGGCACGGCGCAUCAAGAGCAUCAAAUUCCCUGGUUGUCUGGUAGCUGCGCGCAGAGGUACAAUUGCCUGCGCCGCUGAUCUCCACUCAUAUUCCCUUCUCGAGGUAGAGUACCAGCAGAAGAUCCCUCUCUUUCCAAUCUCUUCUUCAAAUGAAGUAUUUGAAUCUGGGCGGGUGGAGGAGAUUCAGCAGACACCAACUCCUUUGAAACGAUCCCCUUCCUCAUCCUACCCCAACUCACCUCCCGCAGACUCACAAUCGCAUGGAAGGAGCAGCAGUUUGAAUACACCCCCCCGUCACGAGAGAUCGCCUUCCGGAACACCAGACCCAUUCACAUCUACAGGGACACCGCGACGGUCGAGCUCCGAGGAACGUCAGGAGGAAGGCCCCAAGCAGACCGACCCAGAAAACUCUGGGAGCGAUCACCAAUCAACAUCCCCGGAUAGUGUGAAGCCACUGCCGCCUCUACCAAAACAGCCUGUCUCAAAACAACUUCAGCCUCAUGUAGUGUCGCCGACCCCUUCUGAGUUCCUUCUGGUGACCGGAACCGAAGAAUCCGAGCCGGGGGUGGGCAUAUUUGUUGACAUGGAUGGCGAAGUUGUGCGAGGUACCAUCAACUUCCACCGGUAUCCGAAGUCCGUUGUCAUCGAUGCUGGCGAGGAUGAUCAGGCUCUUCAGCCAAGCGAAGAUGCCAGAGAAGAAUUUGUGCUUGCUCUCAUCGAUAUCAAGGAUGACGGAGGGAACCGUACUCAGUUAGAAAUCCAGCGCUGGGACGAUGAUCCCGUGGAGCUUGAACGGCAAAAGAGAUGGAUGGAGAUUCCUUCGUCUACAGAGACCGAAUCAUCUCCUGUUGGAUUUCAACACACUCUCAGUGCCAGCCGCUUAGAGCUAGAUGAAGUCGGGAAGCUCCUACGCAUGAGCCGAUUUAAGAACCCUGCACUUCCACCACAUGUGUCCAUGGCGGACUCCAGAACACAGGCCUCAAUUGAACAGCUACAAAGGGAGAAAGAGCUUUUUGAAUCACAAGAAAUGACAGAUUCGGAUGCUUCUAAAAAGGGGGAAACCGGGGCAACCCGGGACUGGGAAACCCAACGAAACGAAGAUGAAGCAAAAUUCGCCCAUCGGCUUGGAAAGCUUCAAAGCAGUCUGAUUUUAUGGUCUGGUUCUCAAAUCUGGCGACUCAUUAAGAACCCUUUGGUCAUUCAACUUGAGGAUAUUCUGCAGGAGGCGCAGCAAACCGAUGCUAGUGGGCACACGCUCUUGCAAAGAGGUGCUGUUACUGAUUUAAUAUUCUCUAUAAAAGACGCAGAGCCCAAAAAUGAGUCCGAGUUCAUUGGUCUCGGGUAUGUUAAACAGAAAGCCAGCUUGAUGCUAUACGGGGAUCUUCUUUCCAUGCACCCUGAUCACCGCGGAGAUGCAGUGAUACAGAACACCGAACACGCAAUUUUGGCUGGCAACCUGGACCCGCGUCUAGCGUUGCUGUUUAUUCCACUUCUUAGGUGUGAAGUUCUUCAAGGCCCACAGGGUAUUUGGAUCCACUCUGGCCUCGCAACAGUCACAGAACAAUAUUUGGAGCAGGUUGCAAAUACCAGCGACCAAUCACUUGGGCCCGCAGCCGUGCACAGUUCCGUUUUUAAUAUGGUCAAGCGGUUUCUGUUCUCGUGGCAACAGAAGAGAGGCUAUGGUAGUAUCACAGACGAGACUUACGUUCUCGAUAGCACAGAUGCUGCUCUCUUGCACCUGCUUCUCGAGCAAGAUGCACACUUUGAUAUAGAUCAACGAGCAUCAUCCCGAAUCCGUUCGGAACUAAACAAAAUGGUCGACGGCUGGAAGGGCAACUUUGAUCGUGCAGUGGCGCUUCUAGAGCAAUACCAGCGACUUUAUAUACUGAGUCGUUUAUACCAGAGCCAGAAGAAAUCGCGCAAUGUUCUUAAGACAUGGCGCAGAAUCAUCGAUGGCGAAAAAGACGCUGGCGGCGAACUCACUGCUGCUAGCAGUGAGAAGCAGAUGCGGAAAUACUUGGUGAAAAUCAAAGACGUACAGCUGGUGGAGGAGUAUGGAUCCUGGCUUGCAGGGCGGAACCCCAGUCUGGGCAUUCAGGUCUUUGCAGACAACUCCAGUCGGGUGCAGCUCGAACCAACCGACGUGAUUGCGCUACUAAAGGAACGGGCUCCCAACGCCGUUCAAUUCUAUCUGGAGUAUCUCGUCUUUACCAAACAUCAAACCCAAUACGCCAAUGACCUCAUCUCUUAUUAUCUCGACGAGGUGCUCUCAGUCCUGAAGUCCGACCCUACUGCGCGAGCAUCUCUCUCUGACUCCUACUCUACGUAUCGAGCACUGCGCCCUCCUAAGCCCACCUAUCUGAACUUCAUCACGGCGAACACCCCCAAAGAGUCGUGGUGGCAGUCCCGACUGCGCCUGCUGCAAAUACUCAGCGGCACCUCGGGCACACAGUUUUCAUCUACUGCCCUUCCAUCCGGAAUCACUUACUCAAUUCCCGCCGUCCUGGAACGCAUCGAGCCCUUCCAAAAUGAGCUUGUCUCAGAAAGCAUCAUUCUGGAUGGCUUGCAGGGCCACCAUCGCGCGGCCCUGCGGCUCCUCACCCACGGGCUAGGCGACUACGACUCUGCAGUCCGAUACUGUCUUUUCGGCGGUCCUCGCAGCUCCACAUCGUCUAGCGGCGCCCAGCCCGAACUUGCAGACCAUGCCCAACAAUCGACCUUAUUCCGUCACCUCCUUGAUGAGUUCCUUCAAAUCCAAGACCUGACAGACCGCAUCGAACGGACGAGCGAUCUCCUCGCCCGCUUCGCCGGCUGGUUCGACGUUCGCGAAGUCCUUGAGCUCGUUCCCGAGGACUGGAGCGUGGACAUCCUGGGCGGCUUCUUCGUCCACGUCUUCCGCAUGCUCGUCUCCGAGACCCGAGAGGUUCGCAUUGAGCGCGCACUCAGUGCCGGACUCAAUCUGCGGACUGGCGUCGAAUAUACGGAUAGUAUGGAGAAGGCCGGGGCGUGGAUCGAAGAUGGUGAUGGACUGCGGCGUAUCAAGGACCGCGGACCCCAAGCACAGCCUGAUGAUGCAACCGCCGGUGAUGAUGGUGACUUUGGUGAAGUAGUGGGUCCGCUCGCCUCUGGGGAAAUCGACCAGGCGAUCGUGCGAGAUUAA